AUGGGACAAGGUGAGGCAAAACCUAUUGACUGUAAUCCUGAUCGUAUAAACUCGAUUCUAAAACUCGACGUUUUCAAUGAUUCGGAAAUCGAAAUGCAACUUGGAAAAACCUGGUCCGUCCUUCGAUUUAUAGGCGAAGGUAAAGCAAAUGACUUACAUUUGAGCUUCGCUAUUCAAGAUGGAUACGCCACAAAUACACACUUAACCUGCCGAGCAAUCGAAUAUCGUAAGGGCAAAUACCAUAUAAGUUUUGUGUCGCAAUGGAACGAAAUCGAAGAAUGGUAUCAACAGUGCUGUAACAAGUUACAUGUUGAAAGAGACGGUCGUUUCAUGGAGAAAGUUCACCGGUGGCAUAAUCAAGUGGAAAACAAUGUUACAGUUCGAAUCGAACAUGACGAAUUAUGA